UGAUGAGCCAAAACAUUUUUCACAAGCUGUACAGGAUCCACUUUGGCGAGAAGCAAUGAGAAAAGAAAUCAAUGCAUUAGAAGAAAAUCAGACCUGGAAUUUAGUUCAAUUACCCCCGGGAAAAAGAGUUGUUGACUCUAAAUGGGUUUAUAAAAUUAAAUAUAAACCUGAUGGAGAUGUGGAGCGUUACAAAGCUAGGUUGGUAGCGAAAGGCUUCACACAAAUUGAGGGAGUUGACUUUCAUGAGACGUUCGCUCCAGUUGCCAAAUUAGUUACCGUUCGUUGUAUUCUGGCAGUUGCAGCCAAACGCAAAUGGGUAGUACAUCAACUGGACGUCAAUAACGCCU